UUUCAAGGCUGUGAAAUAAUCCCCUCUGUCUGUCUGAUUUCUGGGAUGGUUUUGGUGGGGAAGGCCAAUUCUAGAUGCCCCUGGCCACAAGAGUUUUGUCCCAAAUAUGAUUGGUGGUGCCUCUCAAGCUGAUUUGGCUGUGCUGGUAAUUUCAGCCAGGAAAGGAGAGUUUGAAACUGGAUUUGAAAAAGGAGGACAGACAAGAGAACAUGCAAUGUUGGCAAAGACAGCAGGUGUAAAACACUUAAUUGUGCUAAUUAAUAAGAUGUAUGAUCCAACGGUAAAUUGGAGCAAUGAGAGAUAUGAAGAAUGUAAAGAGAAACUAGUGCCAUUUUUGAAAAAAGUUGGCUUCAGUCCCAAAAAGGACAUUCACUUCAUGCCCUGCUCAGGACUUAUUGGAGCAAAUCUCAAAGAGCAGUCAGAUUUCUGUCCUUGGUACAUUGGAUUCCCGUUUAUUCUGUAUCUGGAUAAUUUGCCAAACUUCAGUAGAUCAGUUGAUGGACCAAUCAGGCUGCCAAUUGUGGAUAAGUACAAGGAUAUGGGCACUGUGGUCCUGGGAAAGCUGGAAUCAGGAUCUAUUUGUAAAGGUCAGCAGCUUGUGAUGAUGCCAAACAAGCACAAUGUGGAAGUUCUUGGAAUACUUUCUGAUGAUGUAGAAACUGAUACUGUAGCCCCAGGAUCUUCUUCU